GCUGCCGUCCGCUUUCUCCAUGAGGCUGCUGGCGCUGGCCCGCGCGGCACCGACGCUGGGAGCGCGCUUCGCGCUGACUCAGCGGCGGCGGCGGCGGCGGCGUUAGCCGGGCCCUCACGCUCUUUCCCUUCCUGGGGCGCUGACCCCGCCUGCUUGCUUAUGCUAGCUUGCCGGCCCGGCGCCACGCAAGAGAAGGUGCUAGGGGACGCGGAGCGGCGAAAGGCUCUUGGUCCCGGCCAGCUCCGCCUCCGGCGUUAGCGCUGCGGCCGUGGCGGAGACAGACGGCGACAAGGACGAGGGCCGCUCUCCCCGCUCCCAGCGUGCGGCGCCGCUCGGCUGACCGGCUCUCGGGAGUGCAGGCGGGGAGGCGGGAUGGAGUGAUAGGGAAGAUGUUUGCAGAUCCUUCUGUGGGGUCAGAGGGCACGGCUGUUGCCAUCAGAAAGCUGCACGCAUAGCCACAUAGCUGCAUAGCUGCUGGGAUGGAUGAGCAGGCUCUGUUAGGGCUCAGUCCAAAUGCCGAUUCAGACUUCAGACAAAGGGCCCUGGCCUAUUUUGAGCAGUUAAAGAUCUCCCCAGAUGCCUGGCAGGUGUGUGCAGAAGCUCUGGCACAGAGGACAUACAGUGAUGAUCACAUAAAGUUUUUCUGCUUUCAAGUAUUAGAACAUCAAGUUAAAUACAAAUACUCAGAACUCACUACUGUUCAACAACAACUAAUAAGGGAGACGCUCGUAUCUUGGCUUCAAACUCAGAUGCUGAGUCCCCAACCAGAGAAGACCUUUAUACGAAAUAAAGCAGCCCAAGUCUUCGCCUUGCUUUUUGUUACAGAGUAUCUCACUAAAUGGCCCAAGUUUUUUUUUGACAUUCUCUCGGUAGUGGACCUCAAUCCAAGGGGAGUGGACCUGUACCUCCGAAUCCUCAUGGCAGUUGAUUCAGAGUUGGUGGAUCGGGACGUGGUGCAUACAUCAGAGGAGGCUCGUAGAAAUACUCUGAUAAAAGAUACUAUGAGGGAACAGUGCAUUCCAAACUUGGUGGAAUCAUGGUACCAAAUCCUACAUAAUUAUCAGUAUACUAAUUCAGAAGUGACAUGUCAGUGCCUUGAAGUAGUUGGGGCUUAUGUCUCUUGGAUAGACUUAUCCCUUAUAGCCAAUGAUAGGUUUAUAAAUAUGCUGCUAGGUCAUAUGUCAGUAGAAGUUCUUCGGGAAGAAGCAUGUGACUGUUUAUUUGAAAUUGUAAAUAAAGGAAUGGAUCCUGUCGAUAAAAUGAAACUAGUAGAAUCUUUGUGUCAAGUAUUACAGUCUGCUGGGUUUUUCAGCAUUGACCAGGAAGAAGAUGUUGACUUCCUGGCCAGAUUUUCUAAACUGGUAAAUGGAAUGGGCCAGUCCUUGAUAGUUAGCUGGACUAAAUUAGUUAAGAAUGGGGAUAUCAAGAACGCUCAAGAGGCACUACAAGCUAUUGAAACAAAAGUGGCGCUGAUGUUGCAGCUGCUAAUUCAUGAGGAUGAUGACAUCUCUUCUAACAUUAUUGGAUUUUGUUAUGAUUAUCUUCAUAUUUUGAAACAGCUUACAGUGCUCUCGGAUCAGCAAAAAGCUAAUGUAGAGGCAAUCAUGUUGGCUGUGAUGAAAAAAUUGACUUAUGAUGAAGAAUAUAACUUUGAAAAUGAGGGUGAAGAUGAAGCCAUGUUCGUAGAAUAUAGGAAACAACUGAAGUUAUUGUUGGACAGGCUUGCUCAAGUUUCACCAGAGUUACUGCUGGCUUCUGUUCGCAGAGUUUUUAGUUCUACACUGCAGAACUGGCAGACUACACGGUUUAUGGAAGUUGAAGUAGCAAUAAGAUUGCUGUAUAUGUUGGCAGAAGCUCUUCCAGUAUCUCAUGGUGCUCACUUCUCAGGUGAUGUUUCAAAAGCUAGUGCUUUGCAGGAUAUGAUGCGAACUUUGGUAACAUCAGGAGUUAGUUCCUAUCAGCAUACAUCUGUGACAUUGGAGUUCUUCGAAACUGUUGUUAGAUAUGAAAAGUUUUUCACAGUUGAACCUCAACACAUUCCAUGUGUACUAAUGGCUUUCUUAGAUCACAGGGGCCUGCGGCAUUCUAGUGCAAAAGUGCGGAGCAGAAGCGCUUACCUGUUCUCUAGAUUUGUCAAAUCUCUCAAUAAACAAAUGAAUCCUUUCAUUGAAGAUAUUCUGAAUAGAAUACAAGAUUUAUUAGAGCUUUCUCCACCUGAGAAUGGAUAUCAGUCUUUGUUGAGCAGCGAUGAUCAACUAUUUAUUUAUGAGACAGCUGGAGUGCUGAUUGUUAAUAGUGAAUAUCCAGCAGAACGGAAGCAAUCAUUAAUGAGGAAUCUGUUGACUCCCCUAAUGGAAAAGUUUAAAAUUCUAUUAGAAAAAUUGAUGCUGGCACAAGACGAAGAAAGGCAGUCAUCCCUAGCGGACUGUCUCAACCAUGCUGUUGGAUUUGCCAGUCGAACCAGCAAAGCUUUCAGCAACAAGCAGACUGUGAAACAAUGUGGCUGUUCCGAAGUUUAUCUGGACUGUUUGCAGACAUUCUUGCCAGCCCUCAGUUGUCCCUUACAAAAGGAUAUUCUCAGAAGUGGAGUUCGCACUUUCCUUCAUCGCAUGAUAAUUUGCCUAGAGGAAGAAGUUCUUCCGUUUAUCCCAUCUGCCUCAGAACACAUGCUCAAAGAUUGUGAAGCAAAAGACCUCCAGGAGUUCAUUCCUCUUAUCAACCAGAUUACAGCUAAAUUUAAGAUACAGGUAUCCCCAUUUUUACAACAAAUGUUCAUGCCUCUUCUUCAUGCAAUUUUUGAAGUGUUGCUCCGACCAGCAGAAGAAAAUGACCAGUCUGCCGCUUUAGAGAAGCAAAUGUUGCGGAGGAGUUACUUUGCUUUCCUGCAAACAGUCACAGGCAGUGGAAUGAGCGAAGUCAUAGCAAGUCAAGGUGCAGCGAAUGUAGAACGAGUUCUGGUUACUGUUAUUCAAGGAGCAGUCGAAUAUCCAGAUCCAAUUGCACAAAAAACAUGUUUUAUCAUCCUCUCCAAGUUGGUAGAACUCUGGGGUGGUAAAGAUGGACCAGUGGGAUUUGCUGAUUUUGUUUAUAAGCACAUUGUCCCCGCAUGUUUCCUAGCACCUUUAAAACAAACCUUUGACCUGGCAGAUGCACAGACAGUAUUGGCUUUAUCUGAGUGUGCAGUGACACUGAAAACAAUUCAUCUCAAACGGGGCCCAGAAUGUAUUCAGUAUCUUCAACAAGAAUACCUUCCUUCCUUGCAAGUAGCUCCAGAGAUAAUUCAGGAGUUCUGUCAAGCGCUUCAGCAGCCUGAUGCUAAAGUUUUUAAAAACUACUUAAAGGUGUUCUUCCAGAGAGCGAAGCCCUAAGGACUGGAUCUCCCCGUGCCUACUUCAUGAUCAGGAAUUCCAGUAAAAAAGAAGCAAUUUUGUGUGCCAUUCACACUGGUCUUUUUAACUUUGCUUUGAGCUUAUUGCAGUAUAUGUAUUGGAAUUUUUCUGUAAAAUGGGUGUAAUUUUCCCUAUAUACAGGUAUGUGACAGCAAGAGAAGUUGCUUGCAUGCCAGUUCAAAUUGUUCUAUGUAAAAAUGCUGUUAAAAGAUACAGCAGUGUUAUCCUAGUACCUUUUUUUUUUUCACUUGAAACUUUAAGUCCUUUAUAAAGACCAUAGCAGGAAAACUGUACUUCUUUUUAAUUGCUGAAUAUAAAAUGUUUGAAAAUUUUAAUUUUCUUUUAUGUGUGCAGACUCAAAAGUAUGAGGAGAAUACAACAGAUCAAAACGAAUUUUUUGUAGAUAGCCCUUACAUUUCUUUAAACUGUUUCGAUGCCAAUAUGUAUGCUACAAAGGAGAAUGGUUUCAUAAAUUAACUGAUUUAAGAGUAGGUGCCGGUGUUACACCUUUUUUUAUAAAAAAAAUAAAAUAAAUUUUACAUAGUGAAUCGACCAAGUCUUUUUUGGAAUUAUUAUAAAUACUUUAGCCUUAUUUUCUCAUCUCUUCCCUGAUUUCCCAUUUAAAGGAUAGCACAUAUAAGCCUACAUAUAAUUUAUUUAAGUUUGCUCCUAAAAGGUUACAUGCAACUUAGUUCUGUUAAAUAGAAUCUUAUAAAAAUGCACUAGAAAAAGCCUGCGUGAAUCUGUCGAUAGAAUUAAAAAGUCAAUUUUUUUCCUACCUCUUUUAUUUGAUCUACUUAGGGCACAAUAUACCUAUGUGUUUAUGAUGCUUAUAACUAGUCACUGCCUGUUGCUGGUACCUUCCCCUUCCUUCUCCCAUUUUUAUUCAUGACUGUGCAAGAAAGCAAGAGGAUAAACAAUAGUAUCAGUAGUAUUGGAAAAUUAAGAAAGGAGGGAGAAAACUGAGUAGAAUUACUCUAAUCACUUAAAUUUAAAUUCUAAAAAUCUGAGUAAGUUUUUUUUUUGGAGGGGUGGUGUUUUGUUUUACCCUUUGGCCCAUAUGGUCCCUAUGGGUUUCAUGGAUGGCCUUCAGUAUUCUAUAAACUCCCUAAAAUUGCAUUCUAAAUAAGUGAAAGCUGAGUGCUUUGUUAAGUUUCCUAUACUAUGGGAGAGAUCAUUGCACCUAUU